CCACGCUACACCCCGGCCUUGGGACUCACCCUCUUCAUCCCCCACCACCACUAACUUAUCUUUGUUAACUUGUAAAAUGGCAGUCUUAGUGCUGACGCUUAAUCUCUUUUUUAAAAAUGCUGUGUCUGGUGGGAAGGAGGGUGACAUUGACUAAUUUGGUUGCACAUUACUUUUGAAGUUUAUGCACAGCUGUUUAAAAUCCCUCCGAGAUGAGUGCCAUUGUUUGAGGCAGGUGUCUGCCGCAGACUGAGCUCCCUAGUCUGUCUGCUGCUGAUUGAACGUACAUAUAUUUAAAGAUGCAGCCAAGGAGGAGCUUCUGAAACCUUCAAAGCCUCAGCUGUGGAACUCCUCCACGUUAGCAAUUAAGUUAAAUUAAGUUGGUUUGUUUGGGCCCCUCUCCCCAUAAACUUUUAUCUCUGAUUUCAGAAGUAACCUGUUGGCCAUCAACAGCCUUUGUUUCAGUCCCCUGCGAUUUUUCUUGUCAACUUUUCAAAUGUAAACUUCCAGGGAGGACUCUUGUCACCACCCUCCGCCUUGUCAUUUCACUUCCGCUGUUGUCUGGUGUGAUAGUGGCUCGGGAUGGCAAGUGGCUCUUGGGCAAGCCUCUUUGAAUAUGCUCCUGCCGGCCCCACCUCCCGCCAACAGAAACUCUCUUUUUGAGUCCACUUGGAAGAGACAUGGGUCAAGGACUGGAACUUUCUUUUGCAGGGAAGCGACCAUGUCACCAUUUCUUCGAAUCGGUUUGUCCAACUUUGACUGUGGGUCCUGCCAGCCGUGCCAGGGAGAGGCUGUUAACCCUUACUGCGCUGUGCUUGUCAAAGAAUAUGUUGAAUCAGAGAAUGGGCAGAUGUAUGUCCAGAAGAAGCCCACCAUGUACCCGCCGUGGGACAGCACCUUCGACGCCCACAUCAACAAAGGACGAGUCAUGCAGAUCAUUGUGAAGGGCAAAAAUGUGGACCUCAUCUCUGAAACCACUGUGGAGCUCUACUCGCUGGCAGAGAGAUGCAGGAAGAACAACGGCAAGACAGAAAUAUGGUUAGAGCUGAAACCGCAAGGCCGGAUGCUAAUGAACGCAAGAUACUUUCUGGAAAUGAGUGACACAAAGGACAUGGGUGAAUUUGAGACCGAAGGCUUCUUUGCUCUGCAUCACCGCCGAGGAGCCAUCAAACAGGCCAAAGUCCACCAUGUCAAGUGUCACGAGUUCACCGCCACCUUUUUCCCACAACCCACCUUUUGCUCCGUCUGCCAUGAGUUUGUCUGGGGCCUGAACAAACAGGGCUACCAGUGUCGACAAUGUAAUGCAGCAAUUCACAAGAAGUGUAUUGAUAAAGUUAUUGCAAAAUGCACAGGAUCAGCUAUCAACAGCCGAGAAACCAUGUUCCACAAAGAGAGGUUCAAGAUCGACAUGCCACAUAGAUUCAAGGUCUACAACUACAAGAGCCCGACCUUCUGCGAGCACUGCGGGACCCUGCUGUGGGGCCUGGCCAGGCAGGGACUCAAGUGCGAUGGGCCCCUCCUGUCCCCACCCUGUCUCCUUCCCCGCUUUGCUGAAAUUCCCAUGAAAUUGCUCAUCGGGAGGGACCGUUUGCACUCACAGAGAUGGAGUUACCACCUUCUCGCGUGUGGCAUGAACGUACAUCACAGAUGCCAGACAAAGGUGGCCAACCUUUGUGGCAUAAACCAGAAGCUAAUGGCUGAAGCACUGGCAAUGAUCGAGAGCACGCAACAGGCUCGCUGCUUAAGAGACUCUGAACACAUCUUCAGAGAAGGUCCGGUUGAAAUUGGUCUUCCAUCCUCCAUCAAAGGUGAAGCCAGGCUGCCGUAUGUCCCCGCAUCAGGGAAAAGAGAGCCUCAGGGCAUCUGCUGGGAGUCACCCUUGGAUGAGAGGGAGAAAGCACGCCACCGUCCAGAACCCCCGCUGAACACAGAAAGGCCGUCUCCGCAAGUGAAGUUAAAAAUCGAGGAUUUCAUCCUGCACAAAAUGUUGGGGAAAGGAAGUUUUGGCAAGGUCUUCCUAGCGGAGUUCAAGAAAACCAAUCAAUUUUUCGCAAUAAAAGCCUUAAAGAAAGACGUGGUUUUGAUGGAUGACGACGUGGAGUGCACCAUGAUAGAGAAGAGAGUUCUCUCCCUGGCCUGGGAGCAUCCGUUCCUAACACACAUGUUCUGUACAUUCCAGACCAAGGAAAACCUCUUUUUUGUGAUGGAAUAUCUCAACGGCGGAGACCUAAUGUACCACAUCCAGAGCUGCCACAAGUUCGACCUCUGCAGAGCCACGUUCUAUGCUGCUGAAAUCAUUCUCGGCCUGCAGUUCCUUCAUUCCAAAGGAAUCGUCUACAGGGACCUGAAGCUAGAUAACAUCCUGUUAGACAAAGACGGACACAUCAAAAUCGCAGACUUUGGGAUGUGUAAGGAGAACAUGUUGGGAGACGCCAGGACAAACACUUUUUGUGGGACCCCGGACUACAUAGCCCCGGAGAUCCUACUGGGUCAGAAGUACAACCACUCUGUGGACUGGUGGUCCUUCGGCGUCCUUCUCUACGAGAUGCUCAUCGGCCAGUCCCCGUUCCACGGGCAGGACGAAGAGGAGCUAUUCCACUCCAUCCGCAUGGACAGUCCCUUUUACCCACGAUGGCUCGAGAAGGAGGCAAAGGACCUUUUAGUGAAGCUCUUCGUAAGAGAGCCUGAGAAGCGCCUGGGGGUGAGGGGAGACAUCCGCCAGCACCCCUUGUUCCGGGAGAUCAACUGGGAAGAGCUGGAAAGAAAGGAGAUUGACCCUCCGUUCAGGCCUAAAGUGAAAUCACCGUACGACUGCAGCAACUUCGACAAAGAAUUCUUGAACGAGAAGCCCCGGCUGUCAUUUGCAGACAGAGCGCUGAUCAACAGCAUGGACCAGAACAUGUUCAGAAACUUUUCCUUCAUGAACCCAGGGAUGGAGAGGUUGAUAUCCUGAGACUUGCCUCUCCAGACACACGAAGGGAUGGGUCCUCCUUCCUCGGUGAACUGGUCCAUGUGACACACCUUGGGUUCCUUUUCAACCUGGAAAAGAAAAGAAACACUCAACAGUGAAGGCUGGGACCAUGGAGCCCCUCACUGACUUUGUAUCCAUAGCAGAAACCAGCUCUGCUUCACUAAUGACAAUGCCCUGACACCUUUCACGGCCACCCUUGACCUUAGGUCCUUACUAAUCGCGGUCAUUUACUUGAAAGAGGGUUCCCCCCACUGUGAAUGAUUUGAAAACUUAAUUCUGCUGUAAAGUAUGGUUCUUCAGGCAUCAACCGCUGAUCAAUGAAAUAUGUGUGGACACGAGCAAAAUCCAAACUUCUCAAGACUGAAAGAGCAUGUUGCCUGGGGUAGAAAUGGGUUCCGUUCAGCUCCAGACAAGUAACCACUAACCCAUUUUAUUCUGUUCAUGUCUCUGGAAGGGUAAAGGGUAGGGGGUGGGGGAAGCCCUGAGCAGGUACUUAUGGGAAUUCUUCAUAAUAAAUGUAGCUUGUGACUUGAGAUCUACAAAUCCAUUUGUUCUGAGUAGCCCUGAGGUUCAUUGGAAAGACGAAAGUGGGGAGAAUUUGUGUCAUUGAUGCGGAUGGUUUACUAGAACCCUACUCUGGUUGUCUUGUCAACAUAGACAUUAAAUUUAGAGUCCAACAAGGAUAGAGUCAUUUCACUGCUGCCAGUAGAACCCUUCCGUCCAACCAUCCUUAGCUGAUUUCAGUAUCAGAGGCAGUCUCUCAUUUUACCACCCUCACAUUUGAAUGGGGAAAAAAAAUGAAGUGCAUAAUUCUAGAGAAAAGAAAACCCAAUCCCUUUAUUAGCCCAUUACUGAUGAUUGGAUGACUCCUAAGUCUCUCGAGACUUCAUGCAAGAUAAAAACCCAUGCAUGCUAUUUGUAGCAGUCUUAUUUAAUUAGAAUUCUAGCUAUACAUGUUGAAAGUAUCUGUACUAUUUGUAUAUUUUGAUAAUGCUGUGACAAUGACAAGAGGUAGAUAAAUAAAAAGUGAAAUAAAGAAA